AUGACCUCCCUCUUCACCGGCGCAAGCAGUCGAACGAUACGCGACCUCGAACGAGCAGUGCAGAGAAACAUUCUCCGACGCCAUCGCUUCGAUCAACAACAACAUGGGCGAAGAUACGAAUCUACAAAACCGUCGAAUGCCAAUUCCAAGGCUGUACAGCAGCAGCAGCAGCAGCCGGUGGCUUUCGCCGCCUGGCUCGAACCGAUCAAGAUCCCCUUUCGCAGCUAUGAACGGAUGCAAGAGCGGAGUCCUCUCCUGACACAGUGGGAGACUACCUUGGUGAUAUACUUCCUGGGCGAUCUGGCGGCGCAGAUUGUGCAGCAGGAGCAAGGCGGAGGAGAAGGAGAAGAAGAAGAAGGGAGAUGGUAUGAGCCGAUUCGAGGGUUGAGAGCCAUGGUGAUUGGAGGCAUCAUGAGUAUUCCUAGCUUCAAGUGGUUCCUGUGGUUGGGGAGGUGAGUUCCUGAUACCGGAAAGCGCGGGAAAACGAAGCUGUGCAGCGGAAAUGGAGAGGCUGACUUUUGUUGUUGAUGAUCAGGCAUUUCAACUACGCCCAACACUGGAAAUCCCUCGGUGUGAAGAUCCUCGUCUCCCAAAUGCUCUUCACGCCGCUCUUCAACACGUACUUCUUCGGCAUGCAGACGCUCCUUGCGGGCGGGAGUUUUCCCGACGCCAAGGAGAGGGUCAUCAAGACGGUGCCGGUUUCCUGGAUGAAUAGUUGGAAACUCUGGCCUGCUGUGACGGCUUUCAGUUUUACUUUUAUCCGGCCGCAGAAUCGGAGUGUUUUUGCGGGGUUUAUUGCGAUUGGGUGGCAGACGUAUCUGAGUUGGUUGAAUCGGAGGGCGGAGAAGGGGGUGAUGGAUGAGGAUAAGAAUCAGGAGAGGGAGGUUGGAGUGAGGGAGCAGAGGAAGAUGAAGGCGUAG